UUUGUGACUCAUUGUGUGUGUGUCGCGGCGUCGCAGGGCCCUGGUCGCGGUGCAGCGCCCUUCGCCGGCCCGAGCCCCGGAGCCAGCUCCCUUUUUUCGCCCGGCGCCCCCAGGCUGCUCCCGGGGCUCACGGAAACCGUUGGCAAGAGACCAGAGACCACCUCCUAGGACAGAAGGGAGUGCCCCGCCCCACGCCCCGAAUGAUGACUGCUGAGUCCAGAGAGGCCGCCGGUCUGUCCCCCCAGGCCUCCCAGGAGAAGGACGGCAUCGUGAUCGUGAAGGUGGAAGAGGAAGAUGAGGAGGACCACAUGUGGGGGCAGGAGUCCAGCCUGCAGGACGCGCCGCCCCCGGACCCCGAGAUCUUCCGCCAGCGCUUCCGGCACUUCUGCUACCAGAACACGUUUGGGCCUCGCGAGGCUCUGAGCCGGCUGAAGGAGCUGUGCCACCAGUGGCUGCGGCCCGAGAUCCACACCAAGGAGCAGAUCCUGGAGCUGCUGGUGCUGGAGCAGUUCCUGAGCAUCCUGCCACGGGAGCUGCAGGCCUGGCUGCAGGAAUACCGGCCCGACAGCGGCGAGGAGGCCGUGACGCUCCUGGAGGACCUGGAGCUUGACUUGUCGGGCCAGCAGGUCCCGGGUCAAGUUCAUGGACCCGAGAUGCUGGCCAGGGGCAUGGUGCCUCUGGAUCCCAUGCAGGAGCCCUCGACCUUCGACCUUCGCCAGGAGGCCGCGCAGUCUCAUUUCAAGCAUUCGUCUCGGAAGCCCCGCCUCGUCCAGUCCCGGGCCCUCCCUGCGCCCCACGCUCCCGCCUGCCGUCAGGAGGGGAGCCCCGGGCCCCAGGCAGUGGCGUCCGCGCUGUUCACGGCAGACUCCCAGGCAAUGGUGAAGAUCGAGGACAUGGCCGUGUCCCUCAUCCUGGAGGAGUGGGGCUGCCAGAGCCUGGCCCGCAGGACCAUCGGCCGGGACCAGCAGGACACUUACGGGAGCGCAUUUGCCCAGGGCCGUGAGAAUAGGAGCGAGACCGAGGAGUCCCCCUCCAAAGCAGACAUUGCCAAAGACACCACAUCACGUGGGGAGACCACCCGAAGGUUCCAGAAGGAGUUCGGAGAAAAAUGUGAGCUGCCGGGCCAGGGAGAAGGACCCCAGAGAAACCCCGAGGACAAAACUGGGCGAGACAAGAGAGAUUCGGGGCCGGCCGCCAGCAGGGAGAGAAAGCCAGGCCCGCGGGAGAAGGGGAAGGGCCUGGGGAGAAGCUUCAGCCUGAGCACCGGCUUCAGCGCCCCCGAGGACGCGCCCGCCGGGGCCAAGUCCCACCGCUGCGACGAGUGCGGGAAGUGCUUCACCCGGAGCUCCAGCCUGAUCCGCCACAAGAUCAUCCACACGGGCGAGAAGCCGUACGCGUGCGGCGAGUGCGGCAAGGCCUUCAGCCUGAACUCCAACCUGGUGCUGCACCAGCGCAUCCACACGGGCGAGAAGCCCCACGAGUGCCACGAGUGCGGCAAGGCCUUCAGCCACAGCUCCAACCUCAUUCUGCACCAGCGCAUCCACUCGGGCGAGAAGCCCUACGAGUGCGGCGAGUGCGGCAAGGCCUUCAGCCAGAGCUCCGACCUCACCAAGCACCAGCGCAUCCACACGGGCGAGAAGCCCUACGAGUGCAGCGAGUGCGGCAAGGCCUUCAACCGCAACUCCUACCUCAUCCUGCACCGGCGCAUCCACACGCGCGAGAAGCCCUACAAGUGCACUAAGUGCGGCAAGGCCUUCACCCGCAGCUCCACGCUCACGCUGCACCACCGCAUCCACACGCGCGAGCGGGCCGCCGAGUACGGCCCCGCCCCGCUGGACGCCUUCGGCGCCUUUCUGAAAGCAAGGCCGCAGGCGGCGCGUAUGAUGACCAAGGUGCUGGGCAUGGCUGCAGUCCUGGUCCCGAAACCCCCACAAGAGCAGGGGCCUGUGAUGAUCAAGGAGGAGAAGGGGAAGUGCCGUCCCAGCCUGGAGAUGUUUCGCCAGCGCUUCCGGCAGUUCGGCUACCACGACACCCCUGGGCCUCGGGAGGCCCUGAGCCAGCUCCGUGUGCUCUGCUGUGAGUGGCUGCGGCCCGAGAUCCACACCAAGGAGCAGAUCCUGGAGCUGCUGGUGCUGGAGCAGUUCCUGAGCAUCCUGCCGCGGGAGCUACAGGCCUGGGUGCAGGGGCAUGGCCCCGAGAGCGCCGAGGAGGCCGUCGCUCUCCUGGAGGACCUGGAGCAAGAGCUGGAUGAGCCAGGGCACCAGGUCUCUCCUCCAGGCGAGCAGAAACCAGUGUGGCUGGAGGCGGCCCCUCCCCAAACAGCCAAGGGGUCCCCCAGCAGCGAGCAGCCAGAGUCUGGGGAGGCCAGUCCCAGAUACGAAUCGUGGGGGCCCCUUUACAUCCAGGAGACUGGCGAAGAGCAGGACUUGGCACCAGAACUGGGCGCCCAGAAUGAGGACUCAGCUGAUAAGCGGGGGAGCGCUGAAGAGGCCCACGCAGCAGGAUGCCAGAGGGACGUCGCUCCCGGGGGGAUGGCCAGGCAGUGGGGGAGCCCCAGCAAGGAAAGAGGAACCAAAAGCCCCCAACAGGGCCCAGGGGCCAAGAAAGGAAGAGACUUCCUUUCCAGUAAGCCGGGCCCGGGGGAGCGGCGGUACAUCUGUGCCGAGUGCGGGAAGGCUUUCAGCAACAGCUCCAACCUCACCAAGCACCGGCGCACACACACAGGAGAGAAGCCGUACGUGUGCACCAAGUGCGGGAAAGCCUUCAGCCACAGCUCCAACCUCACGCUCCACUACCGGACGCACUUGGUGGACAGGCCCUAUGACUGCAAGUGCGGCAAGGCCUUCGGGCAGAGCUCGGACCUCCUCAAGCACCAGCGCAUGCACAGCGAGGAGGCGCCCUACCAGUGCAAGGACUGCGGGAAGGCGUUCAGCGGCAAAGGCAGCCUCAUCCGCCACUACCGCAUCCACACCGGGGAGAAGCCCUACCAGUGCAACGAGUGCGGCAAGAGCUUCAGCCAGCACGCGGGCCUCAGCUCGCACCAGAGACUGCACACGGGCGAGAAGCCCUACAAGUGCAAGGAGUGCGGGAAGGCCUUCAACCACAGCUCCAACUUCAACAAGCACCACCGCAUCCACACGGGCGAGAAGCCCUACUGGUGUGGCAGCUGCGGGAAAACCUUCUGCAGCAAGUCCAACCUUUCCAAGCACCAGCGCGUCCACAGCGGUGAGGCCGAGGCGCUGUAGCCGGCCAGGGCACCUGCCCUCGGGCCGGAGUCAGGAGAAGCCCAGUUAGUGCAUUAACCUGGGAUGGCGCGGGGCAGGGACAGGGCCCCCAUAUCCCGGCCUGUCCCAGAAACCAUUCCCGUGUCGCCUUUUGUAUAGACAGACCGAUGCGUGUAGCUAGUGUGACUAAAGAAACAUGGAAACUGUCGGACUGUCUUAACAUAUAUUCACGAAUUGCCAUUUGUAAAGAGUUGAGUGGCAGCGAACCUGAUUUAGCCUGACGGAGUAGACGUGCCGUGUAGUGCCUCCGGGCUGUUCCUAUAAUAAACACUGUAGCUGGU